UCCAAAGAGCCAAAAGAUUCGCAGUCACUUUCCCCGUCUCCUCGCCACUGCCCACCCGUGUGUGCUACUGUAUAUUGCACAGGUAGGCUCCGGCGAUCGGCAUGUCUUUCCGCGGCGCCGGCGUCCCGUCGGCGCGCUCCUCGUCGGCGAUCGUCGUCGGCACGGAGCACGGGUACCACCUCCUCAAGAUCGACGGGUACUCGCGCACCAAGGAGCUGCUCCCCUUCGGCAAGUGCACGAGAUCGUGCAGCUUCCGCGUGGGGAACCAUUCAUGGCACAUCAGGUACUAUCCCAACGGCAACUCCAACGUCGUCAGGCACUACACCGGCGGCGACGGCGGCGGCGCUCGCUGCGACGCCGACUGCGUCUCCCUCUCGCUCGUCCUCGAGCCUAAGGACUAUGGGUACAUCUUUUUGCGGGAGAUGGGGGAGGUCCGGUUCAGCCUUCUUGAUCGCGCCGGCAAGCCGGUGCCGGGGUGCACCCGUGCCGCCAUUGAUGAGCUGCCUAGGUUGAGUGGGGAGGGUGUUCGGGAUCUGUGGCCAAGCCGAGUCUUCUUGAGCUUCCCUAACUUCAUCGAGAGGGAAGAGCUGGAGGCGUCGGAGCACCUCGUCGACGAUCGGUUCACGGUGAGGUGCGACAUCACCCUCAUGACCGAGCCCUCCGCCGCCGCCGAUCCUCCGGCUCCCGUUGCCGACGUCGCCGUGCCGCCGCCGGAGCUGCAGAGGGACAUGGAGGCGCUGCUCCUCGGCGAGGAGGGGGCCGACGUGACCUUCGAGGUCGGCGGCGAGUCGUUCGCCGCGCACAGGUGCGUGCUCGCCGCCCGGUCGUCGGUGUUCCGCGCGGAGCUGUUCGGCGCCAUGAAGGAGAGCACCGGCAAGGUGCGCAUCGACGGCGUCGAGCCGAAGGCGUUCAGGGCUCUCCUCCACUACAUAUACACGGAGGCCGUGGCGCCGGAGCUGGACGACGACGCCGACGACGAGACGGAGCCGGAGGACACCCCCGCCGCCACCACCUCUCUGGCGCAGCACCUGCUCGUCGCGGCGGACCGGUACAACCUGGAGCGGCUGAAGCUGAUCUGCGAGGACAAGCUGUGCAAGCGGAUAGACGUGAGCUCGGCGGCGACCACGCUGGCGCUGGCCGAGCAGCACAGCUGCCCGAGCUUGAAGAAGGCGUGCAUGGAUUUCCUCAACGCCCCCGGGAAUCUGAGAGCCGUCGAGGCGACGGAUGGGUUCGAGCAUCUGGCCAGCAGCUGCCCCGCCGUCCUGAGGGAGCUGAUCGCGAAGCUCGUCGUCGCGCUCUGAUCGAUCUCGCCGACAAAUUUAGUUUUCUUGUUCCAUGUACUCAGUCGAUCGACGUGUGUGUGCCAUGAGAUAAUGCGUGUGUUAUUGUACUCUCUUUAGUCAGAAUAUAAUCUGGUGGAUGGAUUUGAAAA